UAUAGAAUACAGUACAGGCAUGCGAAUUUCCAUCUUUAUUAAAUAUAACUUCAAUAGCAAAAGAAUUUAAUUGAAUAUUUAGGAUAUGUGAUCUUAUAGAUCCUGAAAUCAAAAUCUAAUUACUAUUAUUUACAAAAUAUGGAGUUUGCCAACAAAGCCCUUACAGCCGUAGGCCGUUUAUGGAGAACGAAUAUGUAAGCUGCUAUAUAUAUAAGAAUUUCAACUUAUUUUAAGAAAUGUUACCUCUGCCGAAAUUCUUAAAAAACUAUAAAAGACACAUUGUUUGUUACAUUUUUAUAUUGUUAACUUUAUAAUUUACAAUGAGACUACCAAAAUUACUUAACCCACGGGUCCAAAAACGGAUUUUAAUGCGGUUUGGGGUUUAUGAUAAAGUCAUGCCUGUAGAAACAACACCAAGUAGGAUAGUGUCUGAAAAUAUUACAAGACCAGAUUAUAUAUUAGAGAAUACAGAAUAUGUGCCUAAAGUUGCUGAAAUAAAAAAUUAUAACCAAAUAAAUGAUAUGAGGGAAAGUUGCAAAUUAGCUGCUUCAAUUUUAAAUCAACUUCAUACAUUUAUCAAACCAGGUAUAACAACAGAUGAUAUUGAUGAGUUGGUUCAUACUUUAACUAUUAAAGCCGGGGCCUACCCUUCUCCACUGCAUUAUAAAGGCUUCCCAAAAAGUGUCUGCACUUCAGUAAACAAUGUAGCUGUCCAUGGCAUCCCAGAUUUGAGACCAUUACAAGACGGUGACAUCAUCAAUGUAGAUAUAACAGUCUUCUUCAAGCAAUAUCAUGGAGAUUGUUCAAAGACAUUUCUUGUUGGGAAUGUAGAUGAUAAAGGACAAGAGCUGGUCCAUAUUACAGAGGAAUGUCUUGAUAUUGGAAUUAAAUGUUGUGGUCCAGAUGUACCUUUUUGUCACAUUGGCUCAGCUAUACACAGGCAUGCAAAAAGAAAUGGUCUUACUGUAUUGCCUGCAUUUUUAGGCCACGGUAUUGGACAAUACUUUCAUGGUCCUCCCGAAAUAUACCAUUCUCUAAACAGAUAUCCUGGUCUAAUGAAGCCAGGUAUGACGUUCACGAUAGAGCCAGUUCUGUCACACGGCAGCGAGCAUACCAUUAUACUAGAAGAUGGGUGGACAGUGGUCACAGAGGAUGGUGCACGGACUGCGCAAGUAGAACACACAGUCUUGAUCACUGAUGAUGGUGCUGAGAUAUUAACUAAAUGAAAGAAUCCAGAAAUG